GGAAGGACACCAAGCUGCCUCCAAGUUCCCAUGCUCUGAGUAUUCCAGGUGGAGUGCUGCCAUUGGUGGUAGGGUACAAGUGGCAAUCCUCAAUUCCUGGGUCCAGGCAGAGAUGGUGAAGAAAGGGGCCAAGGAGACCUAUCAUUCAGCCUACAUGUGACCUUCAACAGCUUCCCAAGAGGUAGCAAGGUCACUGGGUCAGACAACAUGGGGAUUCACAUUCCCCGCAUGCCUUGCUUGGCACUUUUUCUGUUCUUGCUCCUGUUGCCUCUUCCCAUUUCAAAAGCUAGAGGCCUCCAUUACCAUGGCCCUGGCUGGAAACUGCUCCAUCGCCUGAGCAACAGCUUCCCAAUUUUCCACCAACGCCAGAUCCAACGCAUGAGACAAAGCUUGUACCAAGGCCAGUCAGGGGAGGACUGUCAGGGUGUUUUCGACCUCUACAUCAUCCUGGACAAGUCAGGCAGUGUGGGCAAAAACUGGAUACAUAUUUGUACAUUUACGGAGAAUUUGGUGAAGAAAUUCCAGAACCCUAAACUGCGGAUCUCCAUCAUUAUCUACUCAACAUUGGCUGAUGUCAUCGUUCCACUCACCUCAGACAGAGAAGCAAUCCUUAAGGGCCUUGCAAAACUCCACGAUGAGGUGCCUGAAGGAUUUACACACAUGCAGGAAGGAUUUAAGAAGGCGAAUGAACAGAUCAAAAAGGCUACCUCAGAAGGCAGCAAUGUCAGCAGCGUGAUUAUUGCUAUGACUGACGGGCUGUUGUUGGACAAGCAUUUUAAGCUGACCCUGGAAGAGGCCAACAAAUCUCGGCAAAUGGGAGCAACCGUUUUCACUGUGGGUGUGUAUCAGUAUGACAAAUGGCAGAUGGUCCAAAUUGCAGACAGCCCAAAUCACAAUUUUGAGGCCAAACAAGGGUUCACUGCUCUGAAUGGCAUCGUUGACAGGCUUGCUUCCAAUUCCUGUAUCGAAGUGUUAUCCGCGGAGCCCUCUUAUGUGUGUACGAAAGACACCUACCAAGUAAACGUUAGUGGGAAUGGCUUUAAGAGUGCAGAUGACCUGAGACAAGUUAUGUGCAGAUUCACGUUCAGUGACUCCAGAGUUGUUGAUGAAAGCCCCAUUGAUAUAAAUGAUAGCAAUAUAAUCUGCCCUGGACCAAAGAUACAGCAUACUGGAGAGGGCGUGUCUCUUGAGGUCAGUCUGAACAACGGCAUCUCCUUCAUUGGGAACAAACUCAUCAUAACCGGGACCAGCUGUGGGAGUACUAAGGAAGUAGUCCGCAGCAGCAACAGCAGCAGCAGCAGCGGAGGUGGAGAUGGUGGUGGCAGUGGAGGUGGUGAUGGUGGCAGCAACCACGGCGGUGGCAGCGGAGGUGGCAGCGGAGGUGGCGAUGGUGGCGGCGGCAGUGGAGGUGGCAGCGGAGGUGGCGAUGGUGGCGGCGGCAGCAGAGGUGGCGAUGGUGGCAGCAGCCGCGGUGGCGGCAGCGGAGGAGGUGAUGGUGGCGGCGGCGGCGGUGGAGGCGGUGGUGGUGGUGAUGGCGGCAGAAGUAGCGGAGGCAGCGGAGGAGGUGAUGGAGGCAGAAGUAGCGGCGCCAGCGCUAUAGCCAGCCAGCCACAGGUAGAAGACCCAGGUCCAGACCCAGUCCCAGUCAACACAGCACAGCAUGACGUCAUCACUACACCCAAUAAGCCAUCAGGAGGCCCCACUGUCUUCAACUGGAAAUUGCUUAUCUUUCUGCCAGUCUUGCUGAUGGCCAUCCUGUUGCUAUACUGCUGUUGGAGGUUCUGCUGCAAGAAGCCUAAGGAGCUGCCACCGCCACCAACUCCGCCACAGCCAGAGAAGGAACCACAAGAAGAGAUCCUGCCCCCUCCUUCUACGUCACCACCGGGUCCUCCCGCCCCUCCUCCUCCACCUCCUCCAUCACCUGUCAACCCAAACCCUACCGUGAUCGUGGCCUGCUGUGGCUGUGGAAACAGAAGGGGAACCCUGGACACAUGCUGCAGCUACUUUCACCCAAGCUGCCACCAGGUGCCCUUGAUGUGUUGUCAUCCCAAGGUCCAGGGAAAUUGCACCAAUCCAACUGCCAUGAGUCCCAGCUGCCUUCACCUCACACAACAGCCAUACACCUCAAGAUUUGUCCUUCAACCCAGCAGAGAAUGUUUCAACGUCCCACAGGCACCCUGCGGCCAGAAGAUCUGUGUCCCAGUCAUCCCAGAAUGUCUCCCUGUCACACAGACUCUGUACUCAAAUGUGUGUUCACCAAAUCAGGAGUGCUAUACUCUCAACUACUCACAGUCCCCAUGCCCAACCAUGUCCACCAGGUCUCACUCCAGAAUACUACCUCUCCUCCCUCCCCACAUCCGACAAUCUGUAGAAUCCUUUUGUCACACCUGCCCUUGUCGCCCAUCUUCUAAAGAACCAAAGUUCUAAGUUUAA